CUUGGAAAAGCAAACAUUUCCGUCGUCAUCUAAGACCUUCUUCCAUGACACAUCUGUACAGUUUGGUUCAACCCCUUCAAUAAUUUAAUACUAAUCCUCAAUAAUCUACAAAACCAUCAUAACAAUAAGAAUUAAAUAAUCCCCACAGAAUAGUAACAAAUUCACAAUUCACAACACACAGCCUCCACUUAGCAUCUUCUUUAUUUAGAGCAAAGGAAUUCGAUCAUCGCCGAAAACCAAGGCGAAAGUGAGAGAGAGAGAGAAAAAAUAAAAAAAAGAAUUCCAACGAAGAUGUGCUGUGGAGAUGGCGAUUGUAGGCCAUUGGGCUUCUUGCUCGGCUUGCCUUUUGCAUUCGUUUCUCUUAUUCUUUCCCUGGUCGGCGUAAUUAUCUGGAUUGUCGGAUUGACGCUUUCUUGCAUAUGUCCUUGUUGCUUGUGCUUGACGGUGAUAGUGGAGCUAGCGUUGGAGCUGAUCAAAGCCCCAAUUCAUGUCAUGCAGUGGUUUACUUCCCAGAUUCCUUGUUGAUUGUUCAUAAAGGGAAGCGGGAGAAGCUUUAGAGUGUCUUCACUGAAAUGGGCUUCCAUUGACUGUUUGUGACAUCAAUAAUCAAUAUAGAAUCAAAGUUGUCUUUUUACAGUAUUUCUGAAUGAAAGUUAUAUUCCCUA